UCACUAUGUCAUUCAAAUGGCUAUACAGCCAACCAUCAAUUCCACCACCAAUACCGUAGCAAGAUGCUUCGUGCAGCAUCAUCCAGUCGUGUUCAAAUUGUCACAAUCCGAGCUGCCCUUCAUCACUUAAAGCCAGAAGGCAAGUCAGGCACUUUGCUCGUUGGGGUAGGUCUU